CGUGCGGGAAUGCGUCGCGCGGUCACGCUGUCGGAUUUGCUGUCACGAGCCACAUCCAUCCGCUGAGUGGAGUCUGGAGAAUCAGAACGGACAUCUAUUAUACAGCACCUUUUAUUUACCACAUUAAGAGCGCGAUAAAGAGAUCAUUCCGUAUCGCCGACUGGCUGUUAAGACCGUCGACUUUAUUCCGGUUAGCCGGUGAUGUAUGCCAAGCCUCGAAUGAUAUUGCUAGCUAGCUGUUAAGCUAGUUCCAGAGUGCUUGACUCGGAGUAACUUGAUGUUAUAUUUUCGGACACUAAUUCCACCAACACAUCUGACCGCCUUAAUCUGAGAGACAUCCAACUGGGCGGUGGCUUUACAUCGAGUGAUUUGUCAACCUUCAGUGUUUAGUGCGUCGCAUCUAAUCUUAGCUAGCGUUAGAUAAAGAUUGAAUGAAAUAACGUUAGCUUGUCUUAGCCAGCGGAAACGAGCCAGUUAACGGGGAUAACGUCAAUGUCUCCUGCUGCUGGGUGAUCCACCGCCAUCCAGCUAAUCUAGUGAAUGCUAUCCGAGCUAGAAGCCCGCCAGCAGACACUGGGUUUGGUAGCGAACGGCCAAUCGUAAAGCUAUAACGUUAGCGCACCACUCGAGCUACCAAGUAGUCGGCUAACGUUACUACUAAACGUCCGGUGUGAAAAGCUCACCGACGUCAGUCCAUUUUACGGAUAACGUGAAGGCCGAAGUGAAGAAGACCGGAACCUGCGAGAAUGCCGGCUGUGUCGAAAGGAGAUGGAAUGCGCGGAUUAGCGGUUUUCAUCUCGGACAUAAGGAACUGUAAGAGCAAGGAGGCCGAGAUCAAACGGAUUAACAAAGAGCUGGCCAACAUCCGCUCCAAGUUUAAAGGCGACAAGGCUCUCGAUGGCUACAGCAAGAAGAAAUAUGUCUGCAAGCUGCUCUUCAUCUUCCUGCUUGGACAUGACAUUGACUUUGGACACAUGGAGGCCGUCAACCUGCUAAGCUCCAACAAGUACACUGAGAAACAGAUCGGCUACCUGUUCAUCUCGGUGCUGGUAAACAGCAACAGUGAGCUGAUACGUCUGAUCAACAACGCCAUCAAGAAUGACCUGUCCAGCCGCAACCCCACCUUCAUGUGCUUGGCGCUUCACUGCAUUGCCAACGUGGGAAGCCGCGAGAUGGCCGAGGCCUUCGCCAGUGAGAUCCCUCGGAUCCUGGUUGCUGGUGACACAAUGGACAGCGUGAAGCAGUCUGCUGCUCUGUGUCUGCUGCGCCUCUAUAAGACCUCUCCUGACCUGGUGCUGAUGGGUGAGUGGACAUCGCGUGUGGUGCACCUGCUCAACGACCAACACAUGGGUGUGGUGACAGCAGCCAUCUCUCUGAUCACAUGUUUGAGCCAGAAGAAUCCAGAUGAGUUCAAGACUUGUGUUUCCUUGGCUGUUUCCCGACUCAGCAGGAUUGUGUCGUCGGCGUCCACUGAUUUGCAGGAUUACACCUACUACUUUGUCCCAGCGCCGUGGCUCUCUUGCAAGCUGCUGCGCCUGCUGCAGUGCUACCCUCCACCAGAAGAUGGCGCUGUCAAAGGCCGGCUGGUCGAGUGUCUGGAGACCAUCCUCAAUAAGGCCCAGGAGCCACCCAAGUCCAAGAAGGUGCAGCACUCCAACGCCAAAAAUGCUAUCUUGUUUGAGGCUAUCUCGCUGAUCAUCCACUAUGACAGUGAGCCGAACCUGCUGGUGCGAGCCUGUAACCAGCUGGGCCAGUUCCUGCAGCACAGAGAGACCAACCUGCGCUACCUGGCUUUGGAGAGCAUGUGUACUUUGGCCAGCUCUGAGUUUUCCCACGAAGCCGUCAAGACCCACAUCGAGACCGUCAUCAACGCUCUAAAGACGGAGAGGGAUGUGAGUGUUCGCCAGAGGGCAGCUGAUCUGCUGUAUGCCAUGUGUGACCGCAGCAAUGCCAAGCAGAUUGUGGCUGAGAUGCUGAGCUACCUGGAGACCGCAGACUACUCCAUCAGAGAAGAAAUGGUGCUGAAAGUGGCCAUCCUAGCAGAGAAGUAUGCAGUGGAUUACUCCUGGUACGUAGACACCAUUCUCAACCUCAUCCGCAUUGCUGGCGACUACGUCAGCGAAGAGGUGUGGUACCGCGUCAUUCAGAUCGUCAUCAACCGAGACGAUGUGCAGGGCUACGCCGCCAAGACGGUGUUUGAGGCCUUGCAGGCUCCUGCCUGCCAUGAGAACAUGGUGAAGGUUGGAGGCUACAUUCUGGGAGAGUUUGGUAACCUCAUUGCUGGUGACCCGCGCUCCAGCCCCCUGGUCCAGUUCAACCUUCUCCACUCCAAGUUCCAUCUGUGCUCGGUGCCAACCCGUGCCCUGCUGCUGUCCGCCUACAUCAAGUUCAUCAACCUGUUCCCGGAGACCAAGGCCACCAUCCAAGAGGUGCUGCGCUGCGACAGCCAGAUCCGCAACUCCGAUGUGGAGCUGCAGCAGCGUGCUGUAGAGUACCUGAAACUUUCUUCCAUUGCUAGCACUGAUGUCCUGGCCACUGUCCUGGAGGAGAUGCCGCCUUUCCCCGAAAGGGAGUCGUCAAUCUUGGCCAAGCUGAAGAAGAAGAAGGGGCCGGGUGCUGUGUCUGUGCCUGACCUGGAAGAUGGCAAACGGGAGGGUGGGGAGUUGAAUGGGGGGGGCGAGCGGGGGCCAGACUCGGCUGCCAUGUCGGCCUCCAAUGCAUCCACCCCAUCACCCUCCGCAGACCUGCUGGGGAUCCGGUCAGCAGCUCCCAUGGGUGCUGCUCCUACCAGCGCCGGCAGCCUGUUGGUGGAUGUGUUCUCUGAGGCGGGGCCUGCUGCACCCUCUGCUGCUGUGAACGACGACGGCUUCCUCAGAGAUCUGGAACCGCCCACUGAGACCUCUGGUUCCCUAUUGGUGGAGGGCUGUGGUGACUCAGACUCUGCUCCUCCCUCUGAGGAUCCUGCUACUCUUCUGUCUGAGGCAGACGAGCUCCUCAACAAGUUUGUGUGCAAGAACAACGGGGUCCUGUUUGAGAAUCAGCUGCUGCAGAUUGGCAUCAAGUCCGAAUAUCGUCAGAAUCUAGGGAGGAUGUACUUAUUCUACGGGAACAAGACGUCGGUGCAGUUCGCCAGCUUCACCACCACAGUCAGCUGUCCUGGGGAGCUCCAGUCUCAGCUCAACGUCCAGACCAAACCAGUGGAGCCGGUGGUAGAGGGCGGAGCCCAGAUCCAACAGGUCCUCAACAUAGAGUGUCUGACUGACUUCUCUGAGGCCCCACUGCUCAACAUCAAGUUCAGAUACGGUGGUGCUCUGCAGAACCUGAGCCUCAAGCUGCCAGUCACCAUCAACAAGUUCUUUCAGCCUACUGAGAUGACUUCCCACGACUUCUUCCAGCGCUGGAAACAGCUUAGCCAGCCUCAACAAGAAGCACAGAAGAUAUUCAAGGCUAACCACAGCAUGGACACUGAAGUCCUCAAGGCAAAGCUACUGGGACUAGGAACGGCCCUGCUGGACGACGUGGAUCCGAACCCAGAGAACUACGUGUGUGCUGGAGUGAUCCAGACCAAGGGCCAGCAGGUCGGCUGUCUGCUGAGACUGGAGCCUAACGGCCAGGCACAGAUGUACCGUCUCACUCUGCGCUGCAGCAAGGACUCGGUGUCCCUGCGUCUCUGCGAGCUGCUGGCCCAGCAGUUCUAGAGUCCAGACCUCCUCCGUGACCAGUACUCCCACCCGCCCCACCAGCGUCCUCUCUCCUCACCCCCCUCCCCGUCCCCCAACAAAAAAUCUUUGAGUAAAAGGUGUAACCUACAUAAGGGAAAAAGCAGCCCCUGCUAGCAGCAGAGGCGACAUUGUUGUCGUUAUUCUCGUCCCAGAUUCUGAUUCCUGUUCAUCUUCUACUUGUUUAUUAACAUAAUGCUACAUUCUGGUUUUUGUUGUGUUUACCUGUGUUGCUGGGGCCUGUGUGUCCCGGUCCCAUGGUUGAGCCGGGGGUAUCAUUCUGCUCAAUCCUGACUGUAGUAGUAAUGCAGGGGGUGUGUGUGCGUGCGUGUGUGUGUGUGUGUGUGCGUGUGUGUGUGUGAAGAGAGAGAGACAAAGAGACACACAGCAUUUAAAUAUGGUGAGCAUUCCUUGAAGUCAAAUGAGUGAAGCUGUUGAAUUAAACGCAUGCACUCAUUUCUAACACGUUCUAAUGAGGCCUCCAUGAAUCCCCGUGGGUCUGUUGAGACUCAUUAGUGAAGGGAGAACUGCUCCAGGUUAUCAGGACUCUGAUCUGCCCACUCAUUUCCGUCAAGCAUUCCUUGUGACAAUGCACUUAAGACGUUGGGACCCUCUUUGAGGCCCCCAGCGUGAUUCCCCUGAAUGCCCCCUCUCCUUGGAGCCUUUUAAUGGCAGCCUUUCAUUUCAAAGAAGUAGUCCACUUGUUCAUGUUGUGUGUGUAAAUACGUGCCAGUGUAUUACUUUAUCCCUUUUAGGAGACAUUCCCAUAUCCAAGUCUCUUGAGUAGAAGGAUGGCCCAGCGCGGACCCUGUCGAGGACUUUUACACCCAUCUGGGAUGGUUCCAGGUUCUUGCCAUUGAAAAGCUUUGGGAAGCGUCUGAGUCGACAUCCUAGAUGCACCACGAUCUCCUGCAGGAUAGAACCGUUUAGAGCCAGGCACUCAAGUUCUAGGCAUCCAUCCCAUUAUAUAUAUAUAUAUAUAUAUAUAUAUAAAUAUAUAUGAAUAAGCGUAUGCAUUUAUUCAAGAGACAUGGGGAAGGAAAACAGAUGUGUACGCAACCACUACACUAAAAGUUUAGAUCCAUGCGUCCACAGCUUUCCAGCGCUUCCCUGGGCUUCCUCUCAUGGACGAGCACGGAUGCGCUAGGCGAGGACAAGAUGUAAGACACCCAGAUGUCCAUUACAACUACAGGUGUGUGUGUGUGAGAGCGAGAGAAUGUGGUUGUCAGCAGGUAAGAAAAUAAGCCGAAAGACAUUUCUAAUACAUGGUCACAUUACAUUCUGUGGCUGCACAGCAAUCCCAGAUCAUUGAACUUUGUAGUGGAAAACAUAGUCAUUCUGUGUGUGUGUGUGUGGUUGCGUGUGUGAGUGUGUGUAUAUGCCGUAUCCACUAGCUAAUGCAGCCUCAUGUAUCGGUGUUAAGAACCUGUCCAAUACCUGUGUUAGAAUUAAGAUUUACUCUGUAAUGAAAAAAUGUGAAAGUAAAACUAUGCCAUAUAUCCGA